AUGGCAUCAACCACAACAACACUACUUCCAAUCAACGAAGGACCUCGAGUCGUCGUCUACCACCAGACAAUACACCGAGAUGGAAAAUACGUGUCUCUACUACCGCUCAUUACCAACCAGACGGGCGUGACGCAUGUAAUAGUGGCGGCUAUACAUUUGAACGAAGGCCCGGGCAACAUUACUCUCAAUGACGAUCCUCCGCAUGCUUCCAAGUACGAAACGCUGUGGGGAGAAGUGGCAUGGUUGCAGGCGUCUGGCGUCAAGGUGUUGGGUAUGCUGGGUGGUGCUGCAAAGGGCAGUUUUGAAAGACUGGAUGGGCCUGAUGAUCAAAAGUUUGAGAAUUACUACAGACCAUUGCACGCAUUGAUAUCCAAGCGCAAUCUUCAAGGCUUGGACUUGGAUGUCGAAGAGCACAUGACGAUAUCGGGAGUGAUUCGUUUGGUCGACCGCUUGCGCGCAGACUUUGGACCUACAUUCCUCAUCACAUUGGCUCCGGUGGCUACGGCAUUGCUUCCUAACCAACCCCAUCUCUCGGGCUUUGACUACAGACUCUUGGAACAGAUGAGAGGUGACCAGAUCGCAUGGUACAACACGCAAUUCUACUGCGGUUGGGGCGAUGCAACAACGACAUUCUGGUAUGAUGCCAUCAUGAGCAUGGGAUGGCCUGCAAACAAGAUUGUCGUCGGUCUAGUGACCAACCCAGGAAAUGGAGCAGGAUAUGUGGAGCAAACCAUCUCGCACGACGUGAUGAGAAUGCUACGGGCAAAGUAUCCGACAUUCGGCGGAGUGAUGGGUUGGGAGUACUUCAACUCAAUGCCCGGAGCGCAUGGCGAACCAUGGCAGUGGGCUGCGGGUAUGGCGAGAGCAAUCAGGCAUGCAUUGCCGCCGUCAGAUGAGUUCCAAGGUGGAAGAGGUGUGGAGCGACCUGGUGCAGGAGGCUUACCGCCGUCGAUACCAGCUCACUCUUUCCCUGCGCAGGACAUUGAGACAUUGCAGAAGCUGGGAUUCUCGAGUCAGCAAGCGAUUGCAGCACUGAACGCAACCAGCGGCAAUGUAGAGUAUGCUGCGGGGUUGCUUUUCGAGAACUGA